GGUAUAUUCGUUGAACAUUGCCAUAAUGAGUUUUCUUAGGUCGUUAUGUAAUGUGUCAAAGUUUCUGAGGCCUGCUUCAAAUUUAUCACAGUUUUGUUCAUCUACGCUUAUUAGCCAAAAGCGUGGAUAUGCCGUAGAGGCCAAACCAGCAGCAACCACUGCAGCGUCAACUGGACGUGUUGUUGCAGUUAUUGGGGCAGUUGUGGAUGUACAGUUCGAUGAAAAUCUGCCACCUAUUUUGAAUGCCUUGGAAGUCAAAGGCCGUACUCCUCGCCUUAUACUUGAGAUCGCACAACAUCUUGGUGAGAACACUGUGCGCACAAUUGCUAUGGAUGGUACCGAAGGUCUAGUUCGCGGUCAGCAGUGUGUUGAUACUGGCGGUCCUAUUCGUAUUCCUGUUGGUCCUGAGACCCUUGGUCGUAUCAUGAACGUUAUUGGGGAACCAAUCGAUGAGAGAGGGCCCAUCAAAACGAAAAUGAUGUCGGGUAUUCACCAGGAUGCUCCGGACUUCAUUGAAAUGAGUACUGAGCAAGAAAUUCUGGAGACAGGCAUCAAAGUUGUAGACCUGUUAGCUCCUUACGUGAAAGGAGGAAAAAUCGGUUUGUUCGAUAAGUAGCCCUUCAAACCUAAUGUAGGUCUUUUCGGUGGUGCUGGGGUUGGUAAAACUGUACUAAUUAUGGAGCUUAUCAAUAAUAUUGCCAGAGCUCACGGAGGUUACUCUGUGUUUGCUGGUGUUGGUGAGCGUACUCGAGAAGGCAAUGAUUUGUAUCACGAAAUGAUAACAACUGGUGUGAUUGACCUUAAAGGAAACAACUCUAAGGUGUCUCUGGUGUACGGGCAAAUGAAUGAACCACCAGGAGCGCGUGCUCGUGUCGCUCUAACGGGUCUAACAGUUGCAGAAUACUUCCGUGACCAAGAGGGACAAGAUGUGUUGCUUUUUGUCGAUAAUAUUUUCAGAUUUACUCAAGCAGGAUCUGAGGUGUCUGCGCUGUUAGGUCGUAUUCCUAGUGCUGUAGGUUAUCAGCCUACACUCGCCACUGACAUGGGUAGUAUGCAAGAACGUAUCACUUCAACGAGAAAAGGAUCUAUCACGUCUGUGCAGGCUAUUUAUGUCCCUGCCGAUGACCUGACUGAUCCCGCCCCUGCUACCACAUUCGCUCACUUAGAUGCCACCACUGUCCUAAGUCGUGCAAUUGCUGAAUUAGGUAUUUACCCUGCCGUCGAUCCUCUUGAUUCUAACAGCCGUAUUCUGGAUCCUAACAUUGUUGGUGAGGAACAUUACUCUGUUGCUCGUGGUGUACAAAAGAUCCUUCAGGAAAAUCGCUCUCUGCAAGAUAUCAUCGCUAUUUUAGGUAUGGAUGAACUGUCAGAAGAAGAUAGGUUGACAGUUUCCCGUGCCAGAAAAAUUCAGAGGUUUUUGAGUCAACCCUUCCAAGUAGCAGAAGUGUUUAUCGGUCGCGAAGGCAAAUUAGUGUCUCUAAAAGAUUCUAUUAAAGGUUUCAAGAUGAUUAUCAACGGUGAAUUAGAUCAUAUACCUGAGGCUGCAUUUUUCAUGGUUGGAGGAAUUGAAGAUGUGUUGGAGAGAGCAGAACAAUUGGCAAAAGAAAGCGCAUAAAUGCCGUUUAUCAGACAAUAUACUGAGUAGUUAGCUGUAAAUCCAAUGAGCAAAUUUUCAUUUAAAAAAAUGACUUGAACUUG